GCGUUUCCGGAAGGCGGUGAACUGGGCGGGACUUCCGGGGCGCGGUUGCAUCAGAUUCUGGGAAAGUCGGUGUCGCUGGUCAGGGAUUCCCAGAGAUGGCAGGUUCCUCCGGGGAGCAAGCUGCUGACUACAGGUCCAUUCUGAGCAUUAGUGACGAGGCAGCCAGGGUGCAGGCCCUGGACCAGCACCUCAGCACGCGUAGCUAUAUCCAGGGGUACUCACUGUCCCAGGCAGACGUGGACGUGUUCAGGCAGCUCUCGACCCCUCCCGCUGACACGAGACUCUUCCACGUGACCCGGUGGUUCAGGCACAUAGAAGCGCUCCUGGGUGGCCCCCGUGACAAAGGCGAGCCCUGCGGGCUCCAAGCAAGUAAAGGCCGGCGAGUGCAGCCUCAGUGGUCCCCUCCAGCCGGGACUGAGCCAUGCAAGCUCCGCUUGUACAACAGCCUCACACGGAACAAGGAUGUGUUCAUACCUCAAGAUGGGAAAAAGGUGACGUGGUAUUGCUGUGGGCCGACUGUCUAUGAUGCAUCUCACAUGGGACAUGCCAGGUCCUAUAUCUCUUUUGAUAUCUUGAGAAGAGUGUUAAAGGAUUAUUUCCAGUAUGAUGUCUUUUACUGUAUGAACAUUACAGACAUUGAUGAUAAGAUCAUCAGGAGGGCCCGGCAGAACUACCUGUUCGAGCAGUAUCGGGAUCGGAAGCCUCCGGCCUCCCAGCUCCUAGAGGAUGUUCACGCUGCCCUUAAGCCGUUUACAGAGAAGUUGCAUGAGACCACGGAUCCAGACAAGAGGCAGAUGCUGGAGCGAAUUCAGCAUGCAGUGGAGCUGGCCACAGAGCCACUCGAGCGAGCUGUGCAUGCCAGCCUUCCCGGGGAGGAAGUGGACAGUCUUGCUCAGGUAUUGAUGGAAGAGGCCAAGGACUUGCUUUCUGACUGGCUAGAUUCCACAUGUGGCAGCGAAGUGACUGACAAUUCCAUUUUCUACAAACUACCCAAGUUCUGGGAAGAAGAAUUCCACAAAGACAUGGAAGCACUGAAUGUCCUCCCUCCCGAUGUCUUAACCCGGGUCAGUGAGUAUGUGCCAGAAAUUGUGGACUUCGUCCAGAAGAUUGUGGACAAUGGUUAUGGCUAUGCAUCUAAUGGGUCUGUCUACUUCGACACGGUGAAGUUUGCUUCCAGUGAGAAACACUCCUAUGGGAAGCUGGUUCCUGAAGCUGUUGGGGACCAGAAAGCUCUUCAGGAAGGGGAAGGUGACCUGAGCGUCUCUGCAGACCGCCUGAGUGAGAAGCGCUCCCCUAAUGACUUCGCCCUGUGGAAGGCCUCCAAGCCAGGAGAGCCCUCCUGGCCAUGCCCCUGGGGGAAGGGCCGCCCAGGAUGGCACAUCGAGUGCUCUGCCAUGGCAGGCACGCUCUUGGGAGCCUCCAUGGACAUUCACGGAGGAGGGUUCGACCUCCGGUUCCCACAUCAUGACAAUGAGCUGGCGCAGUCAGAGGCCUACUUUGAAAAUGACUGCUGGGUCAGGUACUUCCUGCAUACAGGUCACCUAACGAUUGCAGGCUGUAAGAUGUCAAAAUCACUAAAAAACUUCAUCACCAUCAAAGAUGCCUUGAAGAAGCAUUCAGCGCGGCAGCUGCGGCUAGCCUUCCUUAUGCACUCCUGGAAGGACACUCUGGAUUAUUCAAGCAACACCAUGGAAUCAGCACUACAGUAUGAGAAGUUCAUGAAUGAGUUUUUCCUAAAUGUGAAAGACAUCCUCCGUGCUCCCGUUGACAUCACCGGGCAGUUUGAGAAGUGGGAAGAUGAAGAGGCAGAGCUGAAUAAGAACUUUUAUGACAAGAAGAUGGCAGUACACAAAGCCCUCUGUGAUAACGUUGAUACCCGCACUGUCAUGGAGGAAAUGCGGAGCCUGGUCAGUCAGUGCAACCUCUAUAUGGCGGCCCGCAAGGCUGCCAGGAGGAGGCCCAACCGGGCUCUGCUGGAGAGCGUUGCCCUGUAUCUCACCCACAUGCUAAAGAUCUUUGGGGCCAUUGAAGAGGAAAGUUCCCUGGGGUUCCCCAUUGGAGGAUCGGGAACCAGCCUAAAUCUCGAGUCCACAGUCAUGCCCUAUCUGCAAGUACUGUCGGAAUUUAGGGAAGGCGUUCGGAAGAUUGCCCGGGAGAAAAAAGUCCCCGAGGUCCUGCAGCUCAGUGAUACCCUCCGGGAUGACAUCCUGCCCGAGCUCGGGGUGCGGUUUGAGGACCAUGAAGGACUGCCAACGGUGGUGAAGCUGGUGGACAGAGACACCUUACUGAAAGAGCGGGAAGAAAAGAAAAGAGUUGAAGAAGAGAAGAGGAGGAAGAAAGAAGAAGCUGCCAGGAGAAAACAAGAACAAGAGGCAGCAAAGCUGGCCAAGAUGAAGAUUCCACCCAGUGAAAUGUUCUUGUCAGAGAGUGACAAGUAUUCCAAGUUUGAUGAAAAUGGUCUGCCCACACAUGACACCGAGGGCAAGGAGCUGAGCAAGGGGCAAGCCAAGAAGCUAAAGAAGCUGUUUGAAGCCCAGGAGAAACUCCACAAGGAUUAUCUGCAGAUGGUUCAGAACGGAAGCCUCCAGUGAAGAGGCACAAGGCCGCCCUCACACCUGGCCACUCUGGACUGAGGACCUCUACCUGGUGACAGCAGCCUGUGUUCCCGUCAUGUUUACAGCAGUCCUCGGACCCUAAACCGAGAACCGUGUUCCUGCGGGUGCAUGUCAUCAUCACUCUGAGACACUUUAAUAAAUUCUCCUAAAUCGUGCGGCCCGCCGCGCCCUCUCUCCAUCACCCUGCACACUCAGCCUCUGCCUGCCUGCAGCAGCCGCUUGAUCAGCAGGUUGUGACUUAGGCGCUCAGUCAGUCGAACCAGUCCAGGAAUUUCUCAUCGCACAUGCUGGCAGCUCUUGCUAAUCUCUGCUGUGUGGGUGCAAUUGAAGGUAUUUGAGUAGCAAAAAGGCCAGCUCAGCCUGGCGGAUCCUGCUGGGCCUGGACAAAGGUUCUGCAGUCUGCCUGGCCUCUGAUGAAUACACACACCGCAGGUUCCAGUAGAGCAGCUCCGGCUCACUGCCACAGGACCGGGGCUCUGUGGGGCAGUCCCUGGCCUGCUGCCACGGCUGCCCUGGCAACAAGGAGCCCAGCAUCUGUUGGUGGGUGUGACAAGGGUCCAGCACAGCCGGGCUGUUGGUCAUCUGGUCCAGCACGGGAGGGUGAGGGAGGUUGUCCUCGCCAUGGCCUCCUGUACAGUGCUCACUGGAGCUGACAGCACCCACACGCAAACAUGCUGUGUAUUCUUGAUAACAGAAAGUAUAACCAGGAGUCUAAACCUGCCUUGUGCUUCCAAAGGUUAGUGCUAGGUCUGCUGCACUGGACAAUAGAUGGUCCUGAGGGUGGGCCUAUGGUGUUCCUGUGUGUGCAACAGUCUGUGUGGGGAGGGUGGUGGUACUGCCCCUUCCCUGUGAUCCUGCUUGUGGAAAGCUAUCUUAAAGACAAUGUAUGGUACAAGC